UAGUUGUAUCUUAUAUUUUAUAUUUGAUCUAGAUUUUUAGGCUCUACUGUUUGUAGAGGGGUCUGAGAGUAACGCAAUCUCGAUUCUCUGUAUGUAUAUACUGUACUAUACAUGUGGAUUAAUUGACAAUAAAGCACACUUGACUUGACUUGACUUAAAUCUAAAAUACUGCAGCAGAGUAUUAAAUGUGAUAACGAUGUUUGCAAAGGUAUUAUCUGAAACUUACAGUACAUCUUCCACUCUUGUCCUCAGUUCAAAAGUGAUUGUGUGGAAUUUGACCUCAAAUGGAGUUGAGGCACCAAGAACUACUGGAUCUAAUUCUCUGGGAACGGUGACAGAGAGACAGAGGAAGCCUCUCCCCCAGGAUUCACAGAAAGCCGAAGAGGAGGCAUGUCAGAAACAGUUUUGUGUUGCCAUCGUCCCCGAGAACGUCUCAAAGCCUCUUUAUGAUGACCUCAUCCAUGAACAAGAGUGCUUGAGGAAGGAAGGUCGUGAGCAGAGGAGAGAUUUCUUCUUGACCACGCAGAAGCCCUUCAGGUUCCACAAGAGGGAGGAGAAGAAGCGAGAGAGGCUGAAGGAGGAGAUGGCCUCUGCUAAUAAAAGUGAAAAAACAGAAUCAGUUUGUGUCAGAAAACCUAUACCAAAAGCGGUCUCAGAGCCCAGGCUCUCUGAACAGCUGAAAGGAGCAGCAAAGGAAGAUUGGCAUUCAUCUGCGAGCUCAGGAGACUCUGAAAGCCUCCUCAGCACCCAUUCAAAGGCAGGAACCCAGCAUAUACAGACCCGCAGUGCUCAGAAGAGCAAAAGCAAGAUGCUGGGUUACUUGGACCAGAAGCUGUCCUUCAGACCUAAAACUAACACUGCCGUGCCUGACUUUGACAAGCUCUACCAGGCCUUUCAACAAAAGGGCAAUGGAGGCAGCAGAGAGGAGAGAUGUCACUCACUAUUGAUCUCUGGAGCUAAAGGACCUCAAGGAGCAGGAGAAUGCAAAGUGGAUGAAGCAGCACAGAAUCAAGUCUCAACCUAUGAGCAGGGCAGUAGCAAUGAGAGCCCAGGCAAUGGACCCUCAUAA